AACACCAAUGAAAAUCCCUUGGAUACUGAGGCAAUUGUUGAGGCUUUUCAAAACAAAGUAUUUAACGCAAUGGAUGCCGAAAAACAACUGAAUGCCGCCGACAACCACAACAGCGGCAACAACAAGUCUGAAUUAUUCAAUGGUUAUUCUAACUUGGACGAUAAUAAUAUUUCGACGUGUAAACCGUUGAAAGCCGCGACAACAACUAAAACGCAGCGCCAGCAAAACGAGCAACGACGACAUGAAGAAACACGAACAGCAACAACGGUAGCAGUAGUAGCAGCAGCAGCAGCGCCAACAAUAACACCAACUGCCAUACGACAUAAAACCAAAGCUGUUGUUUGUAAAGAAAACGACGGCGAUGCCGGCAACAUGAACAAACACAACAAUCACAGUAACAGUAAACACCAGUCAAUACGACGAAAUCAAACGAGGAGAAUCAAUGUUGUUGACAAUAGCAACAACAACAACACCAACUACCACACGAAUAAUAGUCAUAGCAAUGGUAAUGGUAUUGGUAAACAACAUCAUCAUCGGCAACAACAACAACACAGGGGGAGCAGCAAUAACUCUCAAAAGAAAAUUGCUGACUCAACUUCAACAAUAGAAGAGAGAGAAACCUCAGAGAGAAUAACCCAGAGAGCAGAGUACACAAAAAUAAACAAAUCAAAUAAACAUUUAAUGAAUGAAGUUAACAUUGGAGAUGAAGAUCGACAAAUUGAAGAUAAAAAGGUGCAACAACAAGAAAAUUGGCAAGAGCAACAACAGAAAAGACAAACAAACAAAAACUUUCAACAUCGUAAUGAUGAUGACAACUCAUCAUAUUCUGUUAUCGGCAAUCGUUAUAUGAUUAACAUUUCACCAUCCAGCUCGGAUAGUGAGGCUGGUCAUAAUCCAAAAUUGAAAACUAAUCCCUCCUAUUAUCUGCAACCCAGACCCAGCAAUAGGAGUAAGAAAUCCUCCUCCUUAUGCUCUCGAAGUUGUACAACACAAACAACACCAACUAGGCCACCCCCACCAUUACCAAAAUUGAGGAGCCGUAAAAAACGUCAACCCCUAACACCACCUGCUCCCUCAGUAACACCAUCAUCAUCUCUUGGUCAUUUGUCACAAUCGCGGUGUCACAUACCCCUGGAGGAAUUGCAAAUCCCCUUGACAGCCAAUGCUUCGGAUUUGCAGUCGAUGCAAAACUAUGAAACUUUUGAGCCACCCUUUAUUGAGGAUGAUAGUGAAAAUGGUUCAGAAAUGGAAUGCAAUGACCGGGAUGUUGUUAGUCAGGAGCGCCGACGAAGUGAGAGAUCAGUAGCUACGUCGAAGAAUUAUGUGGAUUUCCCACAGAAAAGUUCCAUACCGCUCUACCUAAAUAAAUCACCCUACACCACAUCUGACAAUACUCCGCGACGUUUGCGACCCGUACCAGCAAAAGAAUUACAAAAAUUACAACCAAAACCAUCGCCCAAAUUGAUAACGGAACAGCUAGCCCAAUCAAUUUCAUUCAAAGAGAAUCAAUCUCCAGCGACAGAGAGAAACGCCAAAGCGAAUGAUUCAAAAAUUGAUCAUCGUUACGAAAAAUGUAUACAAAAACGAAAUGAAUUUUUAAAAUCAUGUGAGAAAAAUCGUUUCUAUAAAAAUCCCAAUUUCAGCGAACCAUGGAAGGUUUUCGCAACAAUAUCGGAACGUUUAUUAGAUGAAGCCCUUCAUGAUAUUGAAAAUGAUUUCACUGCGGGUGUUACGAAAUUUGUUGAUGAUUUUUUGGAAUUGGAGAUUAAAAGCUGA